CCGCCUCAGCCAAAGCCCAGCGUCAGCUAAGCAUCUGGGUUUUGCCUUUGUACCCGGCUAAGCUACGAAGUUUAAGCACAGGCGCUGAGGUCGGUGCGGCUGUGAGAGCGACAUUUCAGCCCUUCGCCAGUGCUAUACGGCGACACUCCUCUGCGUGUGCUUACUGCGUACAUGCUCCAUUUGCAUGUUUGUUUAGUGCCGCCAGCGGUAUUAUAUGCUGUGCGCAGACAUACAGAUUACUUUCUCUCUCCAUGCUGUGCCAUGAUUGUUAUCCCUACGAGGCGGGUCCAUAUUUGAACGUCUGCUUUUGACGUAACGCGACUGCGCUCGCGCCAGCAAAGCCGCAGCCCACUUUCUGUGCAGUAAAAUGAGCAGGACAUAAGAGGGGAUGCAGUAUCUGCAGGCUUUGCAGUCACAAUGGCACUGCCUGAAGUUCACUGGGAGCGUCACGUGCUGCUGCCGGCCGCCUCUCCGUGUCACUCGCGGAUUGUCGUCGGCAUGGCGGCUCUCCUGUGUUUCAUUAAUAGCUACGACGGCGAUUUUGUGUUUGAUGAUUCUGAGGCUAUUAUCAAUAACAAGGACUUAAAGCCAGAAACCCCUUUAAACAAUAUAUGGGGAAAUGAUUUCUGGGGGACUAACCUAAGCAGUAAUACCAGCCACAAGUCUUAUCGGCCACUCACAGUGUUGACUUUCAGACUGAACUACCUUUUGGCUGGUGGACUGCACCCCGUGGGCUUUCAUGUGCUCAACAUAGCCCUCCACAGUGUCAUUUCUGUCUUAAUGAUUGAUGUCUUUGCUAUAUUGAUGGGUGGCACGGUCAGCCAAGCUCCGAAAUCCUCUUUUCUGGCUGCGCUGCUUUUUGCCGUCCAUCCGGUUCACACAGAAAGUGUGGCAGGCAUUGUGGGCAGGGCUGACCUCUUAUGUGCCCUGUUCUUCCAGUUAUCCUUUCUUACAUAUUGCAGAGCUUUCCAGAGAGGUAACCAUAAAGGUGAGAUCUUCUCUGCGCGAUGGGUCAUCAUCAGCCUCAUGCUGUGUGCUGUUGCCAUGCUUUGCAAGGAACAAGGAAUCACGGUUCUGGGAGUAAACGCUGCCUUCGACAUCCUCCUGAUCUGCAACAUAAAUAUCUUGGAACUUAGCAAGAGAGUCAUAUUAAAAGGAAAAUUAGCAGAGGUUACUGUAUUCUUUAAACGGGGUUUCCUAACACGGGUAGCUCUGCUCACCUUUGGAGGAGGCCUCCUGUUGUACACACGCUGGAGGAUCAUGGGUACUGGUCCCCCAGCCUUCACUGAAGUAGACAACCCAGCUUCCUUUCAAGAAAAUGUGUUUCUUAGACAGGCUAUAAACUAUCACUACUACUACUUCUUGAACACAUGGCUGCUCCUGUGCCCCUGGUGGCUGUGCUUUGAUUGGUCGAUGGGCUGUGUGCCUCUCAUCGAAUCUGCUCUUGAUUGGAGAGUGAUGUGGCCAAUCCUCCUCUGGGGAGGCCUGGGGAGCUUGACCAUCCAAGCUUUAUGCUCAGCGGAUGGUCACAGAAGAAGGGUUCUUACGCUUGGGCUGGUCCUGCUGGUGGUGCCAUUUCUCCCUGCCAGUAACCUCUUCUUCAGAGUUGGGUUCGUCAUAGCGGAGCGUGUCCUCUACCUCUCCACAGCCGGCUACUGUCUGAUAGUGACCUACGGCGUGGGGGUGGUCUGCAGCCUUCGGAGGGACCGUCAGCAGAAGCCGCUCCGCCUCGCCCUGCUGGCACUGCUGUGCACCAACAUGGCCCGCUGUGCUUUCCGCAGUCACCAGUGGCGAUCCGAGCAGAGCCUCUUCAGCAGCGCUCUGUCUGUCUGCCCAUUCAACGCCAAGGUUCAUUACAAUGUUGGGAAAAACCUGGCAGACCGUGGUAAUCAGAGUGCUGCAAUCAGAUAUUACAGAGAAGCCGUGAGAUUGCAUCCAAAGUACGUCCAUGCAAUGAACAACUUGGGGAAUAUCCUGAAGGAGAGGAACGAGCUUCUGGAAGCUGAGGAGCUGCUCGCCAAAGCGGUUCAUAUUCAGCCUGACUUUGCUGCAGCAUGGAUGAAUCUGGGAAUUGUGCAGAACAGUCUGAAAAGAUUUGAUGAUGCUGAACAGAGCUACUGGAACGCCAUCAAAUUCAGGAGAAAAUAUCCUGACUGCUACUACAACCUUGGACGACUCUACGCAGAUCUGAACCGGCACCUCGAUGCCCUCAAUGCGUGGAGGAAUGCCACUAUGCUAAAACCAGACCACAGCCUGGCCUGGAACAACAUGGUGAUUCUGCUCGACAACACAGGCAACCUGGCUCAGGCUGAAAGGGUUGGUAAAGAAGCAUUGAAACUUCUGCCCAAAGACCACACAAUUAUGUUUUCUUUGGCUAAUGUUCUUGGUAAACAGCAGAAAUACAAGGAAUCGGAGAGUUUCUUCCUUAAUUCACUGAAAAUUAACCCUAAUGCCGCCAGUUGCCACGGCAACCUUGCUGUUCUGUACCAUCGCUGGGGGAAACUGGACUUUGCUAAGAAGCACUACGAGCUCUCCUUAGAGCUCGACCCCAAUGCGGCAGGCACCAGGGAGAACUACAGCAUGCUGCGACGUAAACUCCACCAGCAGCACAAGACGACUGUCUGACACAAACUGGCCUAUAAUGUUGCAAAUAUUCAUUUGAUAUUUGUAUUGCAGUGUUCAUUCUGAUAAAUAAAUAACAGAAAUUUUAUAA